AUGUCUGCUCCCUUCGCUGGCGCAAUGCCGUCGAAAGACGAUAAAAAGAUAGAGAAGAAGCCCAUACGCUUCUCGAAUCUGUUGUUGGGAAGUGGUCUGAAUCUGUUCGAGGUGACGACCCUGGGCCAGCCACUUGAGGUUAUCAAGACCACCAUGGCAGCGAACCGUGGCGAUAGCUUCACUGCGGCGCUGGGGCGCAUCUGGAACCGCGGCGGCGCAUUCGGCUACUAUCAAGGUCUCAUUCCCUGGGCCUGGAUCGAAGCCUCAACCAAGGGUGCCGUGCUGCUUUUCGUCGCCUCGGAGGCUGAAUACUAUGCUCGCGUUGCCGGCGCCUCGGAGUUCGGUGCUGGCAUCACCGGUGGUGUCAUUGGUGGUGUUGCUCAGGCAUACGCCACCAUGGGAUUCUGCACCUGCAUGAAGACGGUUGAGAUCACACAGCACAAGCUAGUCGCGUCCGGCGUCAAGCCUCCCAGUACUUUCACGACCUUCAUGAACAUCUACCGCCAGGAGGGUAUCAAGGGCAUCAACAAGGGUGUCAAUGCCGUUGCCAUCCGUCAGAUGACCAACUGGGGUUCGCGAUUCGGCCUCUCGCGUCUGGCUGAGCAAGGCAUUCGUCGCGUCACCAAGAAGGAGAACGGCGAGGCUUUGUCCGCCGUUGAGAAGAUCACGGCUUCGGCGCUGGGUGGCGGUUUGUCCGCCUGGAACCAGCCCAUCGAGGUCAUCCGUGUCGAGAUGCAGAGCAAGAAGGAGGAUCCGAACCGACCGAAGAAGAUGACAGUUGGCAACACCGCCAAAUACAUCUACCAGAACAACGGUCUCAAGGGUCUUUAUCGCGGUGUUACCCCGCGCAUUGGGUUGGGCGUUUGGCAGACGGUCUGCAUGGUGGCCAUGGGCGAUAUGGCCAAGACUUACGUUGAGAAGUUGACCGGUGAAAAGGUUACGGCGAAGCAUUAG